ACAACCUAAUCCUUUGUUCGUAUAUAUAGGUAGUCAGUUGAGUAAACAUUUCCUUGAAGCAACAAUCCUAAGUGGGGCCUAUUUAAUGGUUUGUGAAAGAUCCGUGACAAACAAUAUUUCCAGAUCUCGUCACAAAUUAUAUAUACAUAGUUUAUACUAUGAAAAACAAACACAGCCAAAAGCAAAAGCAAGAACAAGAGCAAGAACUCCACCUCUUACUACAAAACAACAUGGAGCCCAAAAGCUUCGACAUCGAACCCCACCAAAAUCCUACCAAGUCCCUCAAGGCCAAAACAUGGGACGAAUCGAAGAAGAUGUGGGAGAUCGCCGCGCCGGCCAUCCUCGCCACCGUCGCCCAGUUCUCCAUCGGAGUCGUCACCAUCGCCUUCGUCGGCCAUCUCGGCGAGCUCGAGCUCGCCGCCGUCUCCAUCGUCCAGAACGUGCUCGAGGGCUUCGUCUACGGCAUAAUGCUAGGAAUGGGAAGCGCGCUGGAGACGCUGUGCGGGCAGGCGGUGGGCGGCGGGCGAUACGAGAUGCUGGGAAUCUAUAUGCAGAGAUCAUGCAUCAUAACUCUCGUCACCGCCUUGUUCCUCACGCCUCUCUACAUCUUCACGUCGCCGAUCUUGAAGCUCCUCCGCCAGAAACACGAAAUCGCCGACCUCGCCGGAAAAUACGCGCAGUGGGUCAUCCCUCAGCUCUUCGCCUACGCCGUCAAUUUUCCGGUGCAGAAGUUUCUGCAGGCGCAGAGCAAGAUAUGGGUCAUGACCGUAAUCUCCGUCGCCGUUUUGGGAUUCCACGUCGUUUUGAACUGGAUUCUGAUCACCAAGCUCGACAAGGGCCUCGCCGGCGCCGCCGUAGCCGAGAACGUGUCGUGGUGGCUCGUCGUUUUGGCGCAGGUUAUUUAUGUCGUCGCCGGUUUCUUCCCGGAAUCGUGGACCGGGUUUUCGAUGUCGGCGUUUAAAUCGCUUCUUGGUUUUGUGAAGCUGUCGCUUGCGUCGGCUGUCAUGCUGUGCCUGGAAUUGUGGUAUUACACCAUUGUCAUCCUCAUGGUUGGGUGGUUGAAGAAUCCAGAGAUCGCCGUCGAUGCUAUAUCUAUUUGCAUGAAUGUAGAGCUUUGGAUAUUGAUGAUCACUCUCGGCUUCAAUGCCGCAAUCAGUGUUCGUGUUGGAAAUGAACUGGGAGCUAAUAAUCCUGAAGCUGCAAAAUUUGCUGUGACAGUAGCUGUGGUUACAUCAACAAUAUUGGGCAGUAUAUUCACAAUAGCAGUGAUUGCAACCCAAAACUCCUUCCCCAAAUUGUUUUCUAGCAAUAAGGAAGUCAUAAAUGAGACAUCCAAAUUGGCCUAUUUCUUGGCAGCAACCAUUUUCCUCAACAGCAUCCAACCAAUACUACAUGGGGUGGCGGUUGGGGCGGGGUGGCAGGUCUCCGUUGCUGUAAUAAACGUAGUUUGCUAUUAUCUGUUUGGCCUUCCCUUUGGUGCGUUGCUGGGCUACAAACUCGGCUUUGGUGUCAAAGGAAUCUGGCUCGGGAUGUUGGCCGGUUGCUUGCUCCAAACCGUCAUAUUGUCUAUAAACGUGCUUCGGACUAAAUGGAGCCAAGAGGCUUUGUAUGCGGAGGAGAGAAUUAAGUCUCACGGCACCUCAGCUUUGGCUCAAAAUGGGAGUGCAGAAAAUGGAUUGGUCACAAACAGUCAACAACAUUGAAUGGGGAUUUCAACAUUUAGUAUUUUGUAUUUUUAUUUAUUAUUUAAAUCGAUGAUCAUAAUUUGAGAAGAUACAGUAGCAUAGGUUAGAAUAUACUGUUAGCAAUUUUUGCACUUUACUGUUGUGAUAUUGCUGAAUUAGAUUUUUAUUGAAAAGAAGAAAAAAGAAAAAAUCUGGAAAAAAAACUCAUUGAUAACUGUUAUGAUAUCGACAAUGUAUGUAAAUGGGGCAGAGAAUUGAGCUCUAAUUAAAUGUACCUUUUUUUCUUUCUUGUCUUGCA